ACAAGGAAACCCUAGAACAGCAAGCCGCGGAGAUCGAGAGAGUCCAUGUCGCCGCUUCGGUUCUUUGGCUCUCUCAUCGUGGGCAGGCUCUCCUCACGCCGCAUCGGCAGCCAGGCUUUGGGAUCCGCGAGGCUCCGGCACCAAUCUAGGAACUUUGCCGACGGUGUGGGUGGAUCUACCUUCCCUGGCAGGUUACCCGUCGGUGAAUCGCGUGUUAGUGCUGUAACAGUAGGUGCCUGCUUAUCUAUCUUGAUGGGAGGAAUGUGGUAUUUCAAGGAGGAUGCAGAGAAGCCAGUAGCCCUCAAGCAGAAUCAUCACGAGGAGGCUAUGGAAGAGGAAACCAUUGAGGAGAAAGCCAUGACGAAGAGGUUUGAGGACUGGAUGAUCAAAUACGAUCGCAAGUACAAGGACAAGGAGGAGAAGGCGAUGCGGUACGAGCUAUUCAAGCUCACUGCCCAGCAUGUGGACCAGAACAACGCAACGCCGGGCACUUUAUGCACUCUAGGAACAAAUCAGUUCGCCGACUUAACCGAGGAGGAGUUCAGUUGGUGUUGUGGAGGUCCUCGUUCUAUUAUAUCCGGCAAGGAGAUCAUGAGGCGUGGUUACCUCUAGACGAUGGUGGUAUCGAUCAUCCUUGAUUAAUGCCCGUAGUGUGCCAUGCUAUACUAGAUGUAUGGCAGGAAUGAACCUAGCUUAGCUGUGACAAAAGAAAAGGCUUGCUGCACUGCAGCAGUUAUUCUGAAACUAGAAACGCGUACAACCAUUUUUCUGAACCUCUUUUGGUUGGUGACCUCCAGGGGCAGGGGAGCUAAGUUGGUGUGUGGAUACAUCAGUUCAGAGCAGCUAACUGUUAUUCUGAAUCUAUCUUGGGUCGUGA